AUGUCGUUCGCACGCGUACCGCUUCUCCUCGCCCUGCUACAUUCCGCCCUCGCCGAACAGCCAUCCGCACCUUCGCCCAUCGCAGCGCCGCUCAGAGAGCUACCAUGGGGACAGCUUAACUUCCUCCACACAACCGAUACACACGGCUGGCACGGUGGUCAUUUGCAAGAGGCGCAAUACUCUGCGGAUUGGGGCGAUUACAUCUCCUUCGCGCACCAUCUCCAUAAAAGAGCAGACAGUGAUGGCAGUGACCUGUUGGUAGUCGACACCGGGGAUCGAGUCGAAGGCAACGGACUAUACGACGCUAGCAAUCCCAAGGGGAAAUACGAUUUGGACAUCGUUAAACAGCAAAGCAUCGAUGUGCUCACCGUUGGCAACCACGAGCUGUACCAGCGGAAUACCAGUAACCGGGAAUUCAGCAAGGUCGUGCCGGACUUCAAGAACUCGUACAUCGCGAGCAACUUGGACAUUUACAACCCAAAGAAUGGUGAACGUACGCCUCUUGCGCAACGAUUCCGGAAAUUUACCACCAAAAAUCAGGGCAUAAGAGUAAUUGCAUUCGGGUUCCUGUUCAACUUCCAGGGCAAUGCGAACAACACGGUUGUGCAGCCGGUAGAGGAAGCUAUCAAAGAGCAGUGGUUCAAGGAUGCCAUCGAUGACAAGGAGGUGGAUCUGUUCCUAGUAGCUGGACAUGUCCCGGUCAGAGAUAGCCCGGAGUUCGAUGCAGUGUAUAAAGCAAUUCGAGAUUCGAACUGGGACACUCCGAUCGUCUUCUUUGGGGGCCAUACACAUAUCCGGGAUUACCGCAAGUUUGAGAAGAAAGCCUGGGCGUUGGAGAGUGGACGAUACAUGGAGACGCUGGGCUUUCUCUCCAUAUCUGGGCUGAGUACGGGCAAAAAAGAUGAGAUCGCACCUGCAGCGUCGCCCGAUUACAAGAGGCUCUACAUCGACAACAAUCUCUACUCAUUAUACCACCACUCGGGCAAGAACGCAUCCAACUUUGACACUGAGCUUGGCAAGAAUGUCACCAAUGCGAUCCACGAAGCACGCAAGAAGCUCAAACUCGACCACGCAUUUGGAUGUGCUCCCCACGACUACUGGCUUAGUCGUACACCUUACCCAUCUGAUGACAGCAUCUUGACCUGGCUAGAGAACGAAGUCAUCCCCGACACAUUCAACUUUACCAAGACCCCGAGCAUGGUCAUCACCAACAGCGGCGCAAUCCGUUUCGACAUCUUCAAAGGCCCCUUCACCAUCGACUCCACAUUUCUAGUAUCCCCCUUCACGAGCGGGUUCCGCACCAUCAAAGACAUCCCCUACACAGCCGCAAGCAAAGUCCUGCAACUCCUAAACAACGAAGGCCAAAUCCUCCUCUCCGACCUCGCAGCCGUCACGCCAACACAAAGAGUCGACCUCGAACAACUCCGUGCGCCUCCAGCCCCUGUCAACCCAGAUAGCUUCAUGCACGCCCACACCGACUACGCCCACCAGCAAGCCAACGAACACCAUCAAACUUUCCUCGGCAGCAAAGACGGCGACCAAGACCAACCCCAAGUCCCAGGCUACACAACCAAAGACGACGCAGGCUCAGACGGCGACGACACGAUCCACCAACCCAUCAAAUUCUACAGUGUCCCCAACUGCAUCGGCAGCAACGUCAGUUUUCCAGCCCCUGAAUACGCAGCCGCUUACGGUCCCGUUAACUUCCGGCCCGUGCACAUUUCGACGCCGGAGAAGGUGGAUUUGAUCUACAACGAGUUUAUUGAGAAUUGGAUCUUGCUGGCGCUGGAGUAUCUCGGUGAGAAGCGGGAGGAGAAGGAUACGAGUGCUGUGCUGGAGGGGAAGAGUAUGACUGAUGUUAUUAGUGAUUGGGUCAAGAAGAGUCCUGAGUGGGCUUGUGAGAAGGAGAAGGAUGUUUGA